AUGGCGCCCGACUCCCCUCGAGCCCCUACGCGCAAACGAGGGCGGCCUCGGAAGUAUGCAUCCGCCGAGCAAAGACAAGAGGCUAAGAUCAUAGCACAGCGAAACCAGCGACAAUCUGGUCGUGCUGUGGAGCGUGCGAUAGAAUUCGACCGGUAUUAUCCCACUACAAUACCAGCAUCCGUUUAUGUCGAUGAAGCUUUGCCAACCUACUUUCCCCCCGGCGAACUAACGAUUCCUACGGACAUUGAGCAGCUCCUACCGCCCCUCAGCCUAGGACUUAGACCACUAGACUUAUCUACAGAUAACAACCCGCCUACAAGCGAUGAGUGGCCGUUAGCUCCGCCCACUGACCUAACUGAUGAGCCAUUUCGGGCGAUAUCUCCGGAAACCCAACCAACAUGGCCUGAUCAGCGUAGCCCCAGGUUAGAAACCACAGAGACUUCGUUGCAGGUGGAUCCGCCUCUACAACGUUUGGCAUCUGCACAACCGGAAACACUAGAACCUAACGUGGCCAAUGUCAUGUGCGACUUCGCCCGACUACUUGCUGAUCAGCUCCAGCAACACCAUGGUUGCUGCUACCAGUGCCAUACGCAGCAGGAGAGUGAGCACGAACUCAAGCACGCCGAGCAUAUCAGCUUAGGAGAAUAUAUAGACCAGGUUCAGGUCGACGGGGGCUUUCCGGAUGUUCUCAGCGAUACGACCAUUGCCAGACGCGAGGACAACCUAGCAGGACAGACUAGUGCAGAACGAAAGCGUGAGAUUUAUACCGGGAUUAGUUCAGUCACGCCUGACGCUCCUCCCGCCCAUAUUUGCCUCGCUGUGGAUCAUCAAAGAGAACGCCCGACCGGGGUCACCUUUGACAUUGAUAGUAUCGUGGGGUUUGCGGAGAGCCUCGCGGUAGCGAAACUUGGCGUGCGGUGGAACCCAACUCAGAUGCCCGUCUCUGAUCUUCACUCGAGUCUCCACCUUGAUCCCCUUCGUGUACACCAUACUGGAAGCAAUGGCCGCACCCACCACGUCCAACAACCAGUACAUAACAUCCCGCAUUAUACCUUCGGGCGGUUGAUUGGAUUUGAAGAUAUUUCUCUCUACUUUCUGUUUCCGCGACUAUACCGGGAGGAGCAGCAGUCCAGCCGGCUCCGGGAUGAUGACUUUCGGGUCUGGAUGGAUCAAGUCCUCCUGCCUGCGAUCUACCAGCACUGCGAGGGAUCUCUAGUCCAGCACUAUCCUUCUAGCUUUGAUCACAGCCGGUUCAAUGCCACGGCCCGGGGAGUCGAGAUGCGCUCCCGGCGAGUGGAUCCGGUAGCUCGAGAGCAGCGUCUAUUUUAUUUCCUACCACCAGAUGCACUCCCGCUUGUAUGGGCGAAUAUCUUAGAGACUGUUCAGCGUGCUGGGUUCCAGCACUUCCUAGACGUGACUAUCCUGGUCCAGGGUAAAAACCUAAAGACAUUGACCAAAGCAAAUACGUGGAACGGUAUGAUGCAGGAGUUUGCCCAGCAUUGGGGUAACACGAUCGACGAGUCUUAUCUCUCCGAUCAAUUCUACAUCGACAUUGGGAAAGAGACCUGUCCUACUGGGCCCUCACGGGUUGGUGGUGUUGGACUUCACGCAUCUAGGCUCCAUUCGGACGGGGAGCUCCGUGCAAGCCCAGUGGUGCCACAGACCAUCCUCUGGCGGCGAUGUUGCCUAGAGUCGUAUACCGAGUGGAUCGGGCAGCAGCAUCCUCCUGGAUCCUCACGUCCAAAGCAGCAGUUUUAUCCCAUUAGUCUGCUCCACGAUACUGGCAGCCUCACAUUAGAAACGCGUCCAUCCUCACCGCAGCGGCAGGCCGGUCUCCUCUACACGCAGUUUUAUUCCAGUGUUAAGGAGGUCUUUGCGGCAGGGGAUGCUUAUCCCUUUUCUAAUCCGGCCCUAGAAACCUUGGCACUAGAUCCUCAGCUUCGUAAGACCUGGCAGUAUGUCGGGGGCGGUCUCAGCCAUGACCCAAUCGCGUUGAUCCGGGCAUAUCUGAACAUGAAACAGCGGUGCCACGCUGCCUUGCAAGGAUCUUAUAUGAAAGUAUUUGGUCUUCGCGAAGAGCACCGCAUCUCCCUCCGUCUGUUCUAUAUGAUCGAUCAGGAAUUCCGAGAGCGCAACCUUCACCAGGCACAACUUCCAGGGAUUUCGUCUGAAGUUGAGCCUUUUUACUCCCUCCCUACCUCCACUCUCCUCUUCUGGUUCCACUGGAAUAUCAACAAGUUCUGCGUGGGGUUUGAGACUGUCUAUAGCAUCAAUGACCGCCAUUUUGUUACGUGGGAACAUACUCGGGUGAUGAUGAUGUUUCUGCGCUGCCUGCAAUUUUCCUAUGCGGGUGGCCUUCUACAGCGGGUGUCCGGCUGCUGGCGGGAUGUCUGGUUCCAGCCUGAUGCUCGGCGGACGGACGGCCUUCGCCGGUGUGAAGGUCUCGGAUUCCAAAGCAGCAAGGAGAAAUAUGGAUAUGCCUGGUUUCUGGAUAAGCUCAACUGGGAUACGAUGACCUUCCGACAACCGUCCGCGCAAUAUAUGAUGUUUAACAGCCCUUCGAUGCAGGCGGCGUUCCACGCACGGUACGCGCAGAUCCGAGACGUUCGUCUAGACUUCCUACGGGUGCACCAGGCCCACCGCUGGAUGGAAGAAUUUAGCUCCAUUCCUCCUUGCCUCGAUCUUCUCGCCGAAUUUCUACGACAACUUUCUCUUUGUGUGUUUCGCAAGGACGUGUUUCUGCAGGUCAAACGACUGUUACACCCGGACCAUGCUUCUCGGGCUCUAGCAGGAGAGGUUCCCCUCAGCUAUGAUAGCAUCAGUGGCGUAUUUAUUAAGGGUGCCCAACCGUUACAGCUUCUAGAUCAGCGUCGGAUCGCGGUAAAGAGCGUGGACACUAUCUUCGCUUGGCUGUGGGAGUGGAAAGAUGGCCGUUUUGAUCGAAAGGGGUGGAAAGACAAGCCAUAUCGUAUGGUGUACCAGCAAAGCUUCGAGGCCGUCCAUCAAAUCCUAGGCAAGGAUCGAGCGCGCGAGUGGAAGAAGGCCCUAAAAACUUCAUUCCUCCAAAGCCACUGGUUACUUCCAUACCCACAUAGCAAUGGAUUUAUGCGCAGGUCUAAGGAUACAGGACAGGAGGUAUGGUGGUCUAACUUCAAUGCCGGAUUGUACGAACACUACAGGCAAUGGUAUGGUGUGUCGCGAGGGGGUGACCCUUUCCCUGCCGAAUAUAUCAAACACCAUCCAACGACUGGCUGGGGCCGCUCGUCUGGCGAAUCUCAGUACAUGGAGAACGCCAUGGAACCGGAGAUGGAUCUGGUUAGGCUGCCUGAAGGGGAAUUCUAUGAGAAAUUGUUACAGAUCGCCGAUCAGUUUUCCCAGAAUCCCGAUGCCCCAGCGUGGAAGAGAAAAGCCCCGCAGACUGUCUUUCGCUUUGGUAUCAGAAUUGGAGAUGAGUCGUUGUUGAAAGCCCAGCGCAAGGCUAAAGGCACCGUGGCGCAAGACUUAUGCAUGCGAAUGAUCCAAGCCCUGGAUGAAUAUGAGGUCUUGGGACAUUCUGGACGGAUGCUCCGGCCCCGCAAGAGGCACAGACGACAAGUUCUGUUGGCCGCGUGUGACACCGAAGACGAGAUCACAUCCGAUGAAGAAUCAAUCGCCAACCGACGCGAUCGCUUAGCGGCAAACAUCCUUGAGCUUGAACCGAAAAUGCGGGUGGCAGUUACCGCGGAGCGAAAACAGUACCGGUGGCCCCUUUUACAUAGUGUUCAUCUGAAACAUCUUGAGCCACGACUUCAGCGAUUCAAGAUUGCCGGAACACAAGCUGGCGACUCGCCUUAA